AGCAUGGCGGCCCGCGUGCAUUCAUUUUUCAUCAUAUUUUAACACUAAUUUGUGGAUGAAAGAGCCAUCUUAAUACUUUGGAAUCAUGCUCAGAUCCAAGGUGUUUGUUAAGAAGACACGAAAGGGUGGAGUAAUGAAGAUAGUCCGGGAACAUUACUUACGAGAUGAUGUAUGGUGCGGAGCAAGUCACUGUACAAACUGCGUUCAAACAGAUGAUAAUUUGCUGGAUUCGUCGCCUCGCGCCCCAUCUAAACUAUAUACAUUUCCACACUAUUUAUUACCUGACACAAAUGUUGUGUUACAUCAGAUAGAUGUUUUAGAAGAUCCAGUGUUCACAAAUGUAAUACUUUUACAAACUGUCUUGCAAGAGGUGCAGCAUCUCAAUGCCUCAGUUUACAAGAGAAUCAGGGAAUUGAUAUCCAGUAAAGAAAGAAAAUUUUUUGUUUUUUCAAAUGAGCACCACAGAGAAACAUAUGUUGAACGAGGAAAGGAAGAAUCUUCAAAUGACAGAAAUGACAGAGGGAUAAGAGUGGCAGCAAGUUGGUAUGAUGGGCAUUUAAAGGACUGUGAAGGAGGAAAGAAUGAAGAUUUAAGAAUAAGGAUUGUUCUUCUCACAAAUGACAGAGCAAACAAAGAGAAGGCAAAGAAAGAGGGAAUCAUUUGUUUUACUGGAAACUCAAUGGCUGAUGCUUUUGCUUCAUCAAAAAAACAUUCAUUAGCUAAACUAUCAAGCGUCUAUCAGCAUAUUCAUAUAGAUGACAAGACAAGAAGAAAGUGGGUUUACCCAGAACAUCUUCCACUGGCAAAAAUACAGGCUGGACUGAAAAGUGGCAAGUACUUACAGGGUGCCUUUCACAGGAGUAGAGAAAACUUCACAGAGGCUUAUGUGUUUGUUCAUGAUGGAGACAAGCAGAUAUUUAUUCAAGGACUUGUAAAUCUCAACCGUGCAGUACACGAAGACAUUGUUGCUGUGGAGAUUCUUCCAAAGAAAGAAUGGACCUGUCCAUCCUCAUUAGUAACAGCAGCAAAACCAGCUGAACAUGAUUCAGUUGGUGACGAUGAAGAUAACAACAGUAUUGAUAAAAUGACUGAAUCAAAGAAAAAACUGAAAACAAAAAAAGUGUUGUCAGGAAAGGUUGUUGGUGUGAUUAAAAGAAACUGGCGCCCAUACUGUGGAGUGCUGUCCAAGUCUGCAAAGUCUCAAAGCACAAGACAUCUGUUUGUGGCAUCAGAGAGGAGAAUUCCUCGAGUUACCAUAGAAACACGCCAGGCAUCAUCACUUGAAGGGCAAAGGAUUGUGGUUAGCAUUGAUUCAUGGCCUCAGAAUUCAAAAUACCCUGUGGGACAUUUUGUCCGAAAACUUGGUGCCAUUGGUGACAAAGAAACAGAAAAAGAAGUUCUGUUAUUGGAGAGAGAUGUACCUCACUUGCCGUUUUCAGCUGCAGUACAGAAGGAUCUUCCCACCAUGCCCUGGUCAAUCACAGACGAGGAUUUCAAGAGUCGUUUGGACUUGCGGCACCUUGCUGUGUGUAGCAUUGAUCCUCCAGGGUGCACAGACAUUGAUGACGCAUUACACUGGAGACUGCUGCCGAACGGAAACUACGAGGUUGGUGUACAUAUCGCAGAUGUCACACAUUUUAUCAGACCAGGUACAGCUCUGGAUGCUGAGGCAGCUAACAGAGGAACUACUGUCUAUCUCACAGAUAAGCGUAUCGACAUGGUACCAGCACUCUUGAGUUCAGAGUUGUGUUCCUUGAGAUCUAAAGUGGACAGGCUGGCAUUUUCAUCCAUAUGGGAAAUGACACCACAAGCUGAAAUUGUUUCUACGAAGUUCACAAAAAGCAUCAUCUGUUCUAGAAUUUCCUUCACGUAUGCUGAAGCUCAGAUGCGAAUUGAUGAUCCGACCCAAACAGAUGAAAUAACUCUAAGCCUAAGACAUCUCAACUUACUGGCAAAGAUUCUAAAACAAAAGAGAAUCGAACAGGGGGCUUUAACUCUUGCGUCUCCAGAAGUUCGUUUUCAUAUCGACAGUGAGACCCAUGACCCAGUGGAUCUUCAAACAAAAGAACUCAAGGAGACGAAUUCCCUCGUGGAAGAAUUUAUGUUGUUAGCCAACAUUUCAGUCGCUAAGAAAAUUUUUCAACAUUUCCCAGAGUUUGCCGUUCUACGAAGACACCCUUCCCCACCUGCUGCAAACUAUGAUUUGUUAGUAAAGGCUGCGAGCUCCAAGGGAGUCCAACUUGAAGUGGACAGUGCUAAGUCUCUCGCUGUUUCCUUGGAUGCUGCUAAUAUCCCGGAUGAGCCUUAUUUCAACACUCUGCUUCGAAUUAUGGCGACACGAUGCAUGAUGCAAGCGGUUUACUUCUGUUCAGGCAUGCUCCCGGAAGAGGAAUUUCAACAUUACGGUUUGGCAACUCCAAUUUACACUCAUUUCACUUCACCAAUCAGGAGAUAUUCUGACAUCUUGGUACAUAGACUCCUAGCUGUUGCAAUUGGUGCUUUAGAUUCGUAUCCAGACCUCCUUAGCAAAGACAAAACACAGAAAUUAUGCAAUCAUCUGAACUUCCGUCACAAAAUGGCCCAGUAUGCUUCGCGGGACUCCAUUGACCUGCAUUGCCAGCUGUUUUUCCAAGGAAAGGCAAUAGAAGAAGUAGAGGCGUUCGUGUUGUUUGUUCGUAAGAAUGCGCUUCAAGUUUUGAUCCCAAAGUAUGGCCUUGAAGGAACCGUGUUAUUGAACAAAGAAGAUGGACCGGGGUUUACCUACGACGAAGAGGAGCCAUCCCUUACAGUUGGUGACGUCACCUAUCGAGGGUUUGACCGAGUGGCUGUCAAGAUUAAUGUCAACAAGUCCUUAACAGAAAAUAAAUUUUUAUCCUUCAGCCUCGUCUCCAAAAAGGGCAGCAGUACAGAGGACGUGACAGAACCUGUUUCCAAGAAGACUAAGUUCAACUGAAUGAUUCUGUUGAAAGAUUGGAGAAGAGUGAGUCUACAGAUGAAGAAGGUUGAUACGAAGUGUAAAGGAACUGAAGGAGACCGCAAGCGACUCAACACAAGAACGACAGGGUUGAAAAUGCCUCUGACAAGAUGCUAUCGGGAUUUCAAAUAGCGCAGUGCGCGAUUGAUUUAUCAAAAACAAAUUGUUCUUUUUCAUUUAUUGUUUUUAUUAGAUAAUGUACUACUGUGGGUAACCGAUGUCUAAAUGGAUCGGUAAGGCACAUUUAAAAAUGAUUGUAGAAAAAAUUGCGAAUCUAACGUUUAAUAUCUCGCUACGCUCAAUGUGAAUUCAUAUCUAAUGCAAGCAUCAUGUAUUUUACAUUUCUGUACAAUUUAAACUGUCAGAUAACUGCUAUUCCUCCCUGUCGCGAGACUUGCAGGGACGUCAUUACAUCUGGAUACUCCUUAUUUGGCUAGAGUACCUAUGAUUAUUUCCCUCCCUCAAAGUUAUAUUUCAGUGUAAAAGUAUCUUAUUAUCUGGCCAAUUAUUUUUCCAUUAUUAUUAUGAAAAUCCGAUCUUUUGUUGACUCCAAGUAUGGAGUAUACAAUGGAGUAUUUACACUUCCUUUGAUGAAAGGCUUAUUUGGUACCUCAUGAGAAAAUUCAAAUGUUUUUUUUUUUUUUAGAUUACAAAGAUAUAGAGAUUUAGCAAAAUUGCCUCUUACUAAAAAGAGAUAAACAAGUUUUACCCAUGUACUGAAGUUACACAGCUAUCUUAUGUCUUUGCUGCAACUGACCUGUUGUGACAUUUUAAAAAACAGGUUGGAUGAAAAUUCGACUGCCUAUUUCUCCAAAGAUUGUGCUGACGACUGACGAAUGGUUGUUGCUCUAAACUCGUCAUUGAAAUUGGCGACAAUGGAGCUACAUUAAAAUGAGAUUUUUGUGCUGACGUUAAAUUGUUUAGAGCAAUUUUCGAUUUAGUGUCGUAAAACCAAAGUAAGUGCAUCAGCCAUUCAGAAAAAAGGAAGAAAGAAACUAAAGUAGAAAGUCUGAAGCGCGGGAAAACGUACGCGGGGAAACGUGCGCGGGAAAGCCUCCUUUAGAUUAGUUUUGAAUUUGAUUGAUUUAGAGAAUGGCGCGAGUUUCCUAGGCCAAUCAUACAAUAAAGGAAAGCAAAACCAACGCAAUACAGGAUUAUUUUAGACACUCAAUUGAAAGUUGCUCUAAUAUGCAUGUGAGACAAUUUAUAAACUUUCCACUCCAUCAAGGUAAAUUAAAUACAACAAAACACUU